AUGCAGUGGCUUCUUAUCCCCGCCAUCCUUAUAAUUGCUUAUGCUCAACAGCUUUCUUGCAGGGUUCAAGGUACCAGGCAGCAGCAGGGAAAGCCUGGAGGAAAAGUCACAGAAACCCAUCAGCGCAAAGAAUUAUGCCAGUGGCCCUGCAGAUGCCCACAUGCGCCAACCUGCAACCCUGGGGUGAGCCUGGUGAAAGAUGGUUGUGGAUGCUGCAAGAUAUGUGCCAAGCAGUCAAGGGAAAUCUGUAAUGAAGCUGAAGUCUGCGAUCCUCACAAGGGGCUAUACUGUGACUACUCAGCAGAUAAGCCCCGCUAUGAAAAAGGGGUGUGUGCAUAUAUGAUUGCUGUAGGCUGUGAACUUAAUGGCAUGCACUAUAUCAAUGGGCAAGCCUUCCAACCAACUCCACUUUAUAAGUGUUUGUGUGUAAAUGGUGCAAUUGGAUGCACCCCUGUAUUCAUUUCAAAGUCAGCACCUGAUGAAUGUGCCACACCCAAGAACAGAAAGAAAUCUGGACAUUCAUACUUUAAAUGUGUUUCAAGACAACAAAAGGAGCAGCAAUCAACAGGUUACAGAUUAAUGCCAGAUCUGUGCCAGUUUUUAAAAUUUGCUUCCUGCACUGAGAUUUUAAAGCUGCUGCUUACUUCCCAGCUUUUAGAAGUUUACCACUUGUUUUGAAGAAGAAAUGUCUAGUACAAGCAACUCCAUGGGCGCCUUGUUCUCGAACUUGUGGCAUAGGUAUAUCUGAUCGAGUGACCAAUGAAA